CGACUGGAGCUCCUCGGUUCAUUAUUGUGUCAAUCAUGGCGUCUCCGAUUGCGGACCCCGCGGUGCAACAACUUCUGAAGCAGCAUGAGUUCCUGGAGAUCGUGGAGUCGGGCGAGGGCGACAACAAGCGCGUGCGUGUCAAGUGCCAGCUGACGCAGCACGAGAUGCUGCCGCGCGUCGACGUCAUCGAGCAGCACCUCAAGUCCAAGAAGUUCGUCAAGGCUCGUGACUGGUAUUGCCACGACUACUCGCAGUACGAGCCGUACAUUGUACCGCAUCGCAGGCUGCCUAAAAGUCUGUACUGCAACGUCACGGGUACCAUCCUGAACCGCAUCCCGUCGGAGGUGGAGAAGCACGUGCAGGGUAAGCGCUACAAGCGCAUGAAGCAGCACGUCAAGAUCAAAGUCUCCAAGAGCGAGGACGACGGCGAUGACGAAAUGCAAGGUAACGGCGAUUUUGACGCCGACGCCUUCGAGUUUGAGAACAGCCAAGUUAUCUACUCGGACGAUGAGGAAGAAGGAGAAGGUGGCGGCAAUGAAGAGGACGAGGAACUUGAGGGUAAGAACAAGAAGGAUGAAGAGGAGGACGACAUGGCUGAUCUGUACCCCGAUGACGAGUCGGACGAGGACGAUUCAAAAGACGAUGACGGCGACGAGACGAUGGAAGAGAAACCCAAGAAAAAACGUCCUGCCAACGGCAACUCGGUCACCAAGAAAACCCGACACCACACAAAGAAAGCCAAGAAGACGGGCUAACGUGAGGCUCGACACGCGAAUAAUAUAGAUUUCAUUUCUGCAUCGACAAGAGCGUCAAAAAAUCGGUGAUACUGUAUUGAUGCUCCCAGCUUAAUCUUAACAGGCUACAGGUUACAGACUCGCA